AUGAGGCACACGCUGGUCCAGUUCACGGGACGAACAACCCUCUCUCCACGAUCCUCGCUUCCCUCUCGUCUGCGAUCGCGUCGAUAUCAGUCCUCCGGAUCGCCGCAAAAACAAGAACCGAUUUCCGACAAGAAUAACCUCUCCCCUUCGAACGCCCAGAAUUCUUCAUCUCCCUCCGCCCCCGCCGUUCCGGGCCCGCGAUCGUUGCGCCAGAUCAUCUCCGACGGUCCCUUGGGGAAACUGGGUCGGUCAUACUCGCGCGUUCAAGAACGGCGACCGUAUGCUACACAACUAUGGAGUUCGAUUAUCGUGUACCUGUGUGGCGACUUGAGCGCGCAGUUUCUCUUCCCGUCGCAGAAUACGUCGGUCCAGAACAAAGAUAGCCAGGGAUCGCAAUCAGGGGAGGAGGAUGGAGAUGCAGCGACUAGUCAGGGUGGCUAUGACCCGUGGCGAACCAUGCGACACUUGGUUGUCGGCUCGGGAUCGAGUAUCCCCUCGUAUACCUGGUUCAUGUUCCUCCACCACAAUUUCAACUUCGCGUCCAAAUUCCUCUCCAUCCUCACCAAGGUCGUCGUGCAGCAGGCCGUCUUCACCCCCGUCUUCAACACCUACUUCUUCAGCGUGCACUCUCUCCUGUCCGGCGCCUCGCUGGAGGAGACGUGGGAACGCCUGAAGAAGGCGCUCCCCGUCAGCAUCACGAACAGCGCGAAGCUGUGGCCCGCCGUCACGGCCUUCAGCUUCAUGUACGUGCCGCCGCAGUUCCGGAAUAUUUUCUCCGGCGUGAUCGCGGUCGGCUGGCAGACGUAUCUCAGUUGGUUGAAUCAGAAGGCUGCCCGGGAGGUCGAGGCGGCUGAGUUGGUCGAGGCUGAGAUCUCGCGGGUUGGACUUGAGACGUCGGGGGCUACGAUGAAGGCAUAG